AUGAACGUAACGGGUGAUUUAAACGAAUUACAAAAUGGAGAAGAAGAUAAAUGUUCAGAGAGUUUAUUUUUUCCUUUUUUAAACGACAUUCAUUUGAAUCCGAUUAUUAGAGGGAUUUUAUAUUUUUUUGCACUUGCUUAUUCUUUUGUUGGAGUUUCUGUUGUCACCGAUAUAUUCAUGGGUGCUGUUGUCACAAUAACAAGUCAAACAAAAAAAGUUUAUUUGGGAAAAUUUAAAAAAAAGCCAGAAGAAAGUGAGAGUGCUUUGAAUGUGACAGCAACAUCAACCCAUCAACUUGAUUUCAUUGAAGUUCGUGUAUGGAACGAUACAGUUGCUAAUCUGACAUUAAUGGCACUGGGAACAUCAGCACCAGAAAUAUUAUUAGCUUGCAUGGAAGUAAUUAAACGUAAUUUCGAAUCGGGAGAAUUGGGACCGGGAACGAUAGUCGGAUCAGCAGCAUUCAAUCUUCUACUAAUAACCGCCAUUUGCAUAAUAAGCGUCCCCAAUGGGGAAUCACGAAGAAUUCGAUUGUUUAAUGUUUUCAUCGUUUGCUCGAUAUUCAGCAUACUGGCCUACGUUUGGCUUUGGAUAAUUUUGAGUUUGUUUUCUCCGCACGUCGUCGAAUUGUGGGAAGCAAUCGCGACUUUUCUCAUGUUUCCCGCUCUUAUAUUCUUUGCUUUUGCAACGGAUAAAAAAUGGCUGGAUAUAAGAUUGUUGAUGUCGAAAAAAAAAAGGCUGACUCGAGCUCACGAAAUCAAAAUGGAAGAGAGUAAAAAAAUAUUUGUCGAAAGGAAAUUUAUCAAGGAUGGAAAAAUCGAUAAAGAAACUCUUUAUUCUUUUUUCAAAGAAUUGAAAAAAUAUCCGGGGAUAUCGAACGAAGAUGCCGCCAUAUUAGCUGCAUCCAAAAUCAUCGAUUCUGAACCGCAGUCUGCUGCCACUUAUCGCAUGAGCGCCAUUCGUGAUCUUACGGGUGGAAGAAAACUAAGGCCGAGACUUUCGUUAAAACUUCAAGAAGUUUACGAUACAAUCAAUCAAUAUCCCCUGGGAUCCGCUUUGAGUCUUCUCCCGGAAAUAUCAAUGAAAAAUGCCAUUGUUGAAUUUCACUCGGCCACGUGUGCCGUACGUGAAAAUAUCGGAAGUUUUUUUAUAACCGUAUGCAGACACGGAAAUCUCGAACCAUCCGUUAAAGUCAGAGUUGAAAGUGUCGAUGGUUCUGCCAAAGCGGGAGAUGAUUAUGUAAAAGUAGACGAAAUAUUAGUAUUCGAACCGGAAGAAACGGAAAAAUUAGUACUCGUGAAAAUAGUAGAUGAUACCCAAUGGGAACCGAACGAAGAAUUUUUUUUAAAAUUAUCAUUAACGGAACAUUCUGGAAAUGCCAAUGUUCAAAUCGGAAGGAUUUCAAUUAUGGAAAUUACAAUUUUGGAUGAUGAUAAACCUGGAGUUAUUUCUUUUGAAAAAACUGGAAUCCUCGUGAAAGAAAGCGCGGAAUGCGUUGUUAUAAACGUACGUAGGAAAUACGGAGCGGAUGGUGAAGUAUCGGUUAAAUGGCGAACGAAUAAUGAUACCGCAAUAUCUGGUAAAGAUUUCCUAGGCGGCGAAGGAGAAUUGAUAUUUAAACAUCGCGAAAUACUUCAAACGAUCGAAAUACCAUUACUCAACGAAAUAAGACCCGAAAAAGAUAGUUAUUUCUUUGUCGAAUUGUUUUCUCCGAGCAAUGAUGCAUCUUUAGGAGACAUAAAAGUUAUUUGCGUGACAAUAACGAACGAUGAGGAUUUUGCCAACAUAAUAGAUAAAAUGUUGGCGAUGACAAAUUUAAAAUUGAAAACGCUUUCGAUUUACCGCAAAACUUGGGCAUCGCAAAUAAAAGACGCGAUGAACGUCAACGGGGGUGACGUGAAAAAUGCAACGGCAACCGAUUACGUUUUACAUUUCAUAUCGUUCAAUUGGAAAGUUUUGUUUUCUUUUAUACCGCCGCCGAGCAUGUUUCGCGGUUGGUUAUGUUUUAUCGUGUCUUUGUGUGCCAUCGGUUUCGUCACGGCCGUCAUCGAAGAUAUAGCAUCGUUAUUCGGAUGCGUCGUGGGAUUAAAAGAUACAAUAACCGCGAUCACUUUGGUUGCGAUGGGUACGUCACUUCCGGAUACUUUUGCCAGCAGAACGGCCGCAUUAAAAGAACAAUACGCGGAUACAUCGAUCGGAAACAUAACCGGAAGUAAUUCCGUAAACGUUUUUUUGGGUCUCGGUCUUCCUUGGCUAAUGGCAACCAUUUAUCACACUCAUAACGGUACGGUAUUCAAAGUACCUGCGGGAACUUUAGGUUUCAGCGUACUCCUGUUUACGAUUUCCGCCGUCAUCGCCAUAGCAUUAUUAAUAGGAAGAAGAAAUUCGUCAUUUUGCGGUAAGGCCGAAUUGGGGGGUUCGGUAUUUUUUAAAUUAUUAUCCGGUGGUUUAUUAAUUAUUUUAUGGGUGUUUUACAUAGUUAUGUCGUGUUUGAAAGAAUACCGCGUCAUCGAUGUUAAUUUUUAA